AUGUACCUGAGGCGUCGACUCGAGGUUUUGUUCCCUCCUCUCAUCGCGGCGCAGAGGUCCUCCUGGGAACAAGGUAUUUUUACGCAGGCUCUCCUUGAAUGUCACAUGCUUGCAGAGUCGAUAGGCAACAGCGUUCAUGCCCAAUUUGGUGCACCGUUUGGUUUCGUACCAUGGCUCUAUGCUCUCGCCCACGAUGCGCCUGUCCGCCAGGGCCCUGACGGCCGGCUCGCAGUCCUCCUGAACGGGGAUGGAAAGUCCGAUGCCGGUGUACUUGAUCCUGCGUGUAUUGGAUCCACGUUGUACUAUCUCUGGUCCGUCCAACAGAAACAUAGAUUGCCCGUGGCCAACGUCAAUACGCGCGAAUUUGCAUUUCCAACGCCCCGUGGGUCGGCAAGCCCUACCCUUCUGGACAGCGUCGAGCGCAUGCUGCGCUACAUCUUAGAAGAGUGUCCCCCUGCCAGUCGAGACGAACAACUGUUAUCUCACCGCAUCGACGUGGUGGAGAUUUGGUCCGACUCAGUAUUCAUGCCGUCACCUUUCCUGACGCCCUCGGGCGAGUGGUCGCACAUCUUCGAUCUCACUUCGUACCAGUUCAAGCGCAAGUCGUUCUGGGGCGUAGGGAACGGCUGGGUGUGCUGUGGAAUCAUCCGAGUCCUCCUGACCGUCUUCCACGCGGACUUUGGCCUCACAUCAGAGGCGGAGGACGAGCAGACUGCUCCUUUGCUCCGCAAGGUGUACCACAUCCUGUUGAGGACCAUCCGUGGUUGCCUCGUUUACAUACUCCCCUCCCACUUGUUUCGCGACGUCCUCGACGAUCCCGCGUCCUUUGAGGAGACAAACUUAUCGCAGAUGCUGUCAUACACGCUCUACAGGCUCCUCGACCUCCACCAGGCGUACCCUGCCUUCAAGGCUGUAGGGCUCUCUCCUCUUACAGACAGAGAGCGCGAGGACUGGGAGGAGCUGGCACAGGCUAUGCAGCGAGCUACAGAGGCGAAGACCGACUUAUGGGGGUUCGUCCGCGAGGUCUGCGGGAGCCCACGAUUCAACUCUCCCGGGACUGCAGCGGAAGGACAGGCGUGGGCGAUGAUGAUGGAAGUGGCUAGAGCUGAGUACUUAUGGCACAAAUCACAACAGAUCCCCACGCCUGGCACGUGGAAUUGA